AUGAAUGAAGACUUGAAUAACAACAAUAAUAUCAAAAUAGAUAAUAAUAUUCCCAUACCCCCACCCCUACAACUACCCCCAACAUCUCCACCAAGUUAUUAUUUGCCCAGUUCCCCAGCAGAAGUAUUUGUUGCUUAUUCUUUAGGGGAAAAUAAAACAAAUUUAAAAAUUAUUGAAAAGGAAAAACAACAAAAUAUUAUAAAUGAAUUGAAGCAAAUCAACGAAAAAGAAGAAAAUGAGCAAGACGACGAAGUUAUCGUUGUUGAAAGCCCACAGGAAGAACAAAAAUAUGCCUUGUUAAAAAGUCGAACAAGGCUGUACAGAACACUUGUUUGGCUACAAUUUUCAAUGACUGUGUUCACUUGUAUUUUUAUUAUGGCAAUAAUGGUGCUAGUUGCUUUAAUUUUGAUUGUGCUUCAAAGAACUAUAGAUAGGGCAGAUACUGGUAGAGAAAUGAAAAAAAAAUUAAAAAAAUUUAUUUUAGCAAUACGUGAUAAUCCAGUUAGUCAACUUUACACAAAAAUAAGAAGUGCUGUUGACAAAAUACAUAUGUGA